CGUCGAGAAAUUUCCGUACAAGUUUCCGAAGUCACACCUGGGGUCCGAGGAGAACAAUGUCUGGCGCACAGAAUGGCUCCAGAGAGCCCAACGAAAGGGAUGCCCUAAUCAACGACACUAGUCGAAUCAAUUCAAGCCUGAUUCCACGCCAUAAACGUAGGCCCUGGGCUCACUGGCCUGUGAGAGUUGUUCACUUGACAUGGGCUACUCUUGUACGAGAUUACGUUAAUUUACUACUAAUCUUCGUUCCACUCGGUAUUAUUGCUGGCGCGUUGCAUUGGGAUAGUACGGCCGUUUUCACGCUGAACUUCCUAGCAAUCGUGCCGUUGGCAUCUCUCUUAAGCUUUGCGACCGAGGAGCUAGCAGCUGCAAUGGGUCAGGCCCUAGGCGGACUGAUGAAUGCUACCUUUGGCAAUGCGGUUGAAUUGAUCGUAAGUUCCAUUCGACCUUUGACUGUUUCCCGAGAUUUUGAUCUGAUAACUUGGGGCACUGGUAGGUCAGCAUUAUCGCUCUGAAAGAUGGGCAGAUCCGUGUGGUUCAAGCCAGUAUGCUCGGUAGCAUCCUAUCCAAUAUCCUCCUAGUGUUGGGAUGCUGUUUCCUUGUCGGAGGACUACGUUACUCCGAGCAAUCCUUCAACACUACAGUGGCAUCGACCAUGUCAUCCCUAAUGACCGUUGCAUCCGCUUCGUUGAUCAUCCCUGCAACACUAUACGCUUCUCUGUCUUCAGCCAAGGCUAACAGAGAUAAAAACAUCCUCAUUCUAUCGCACGGCACUGCUAUCAUUCUAUUGAUCCUCUAUGUGAUGUAUCUUUACUUCCAGCUCAGGUCGCACGCAUCCUUCUUCGAGGAGACAUCUCCAGACGCGGAAAAUCAAGGCGGCGCUGAGACAGAGGAUGAGGAAGAACACAUUCUUUCCCCGUGGGCCGCCAGCGUUGCCUUGGUUGUGGUGACGAUUCUCGUCGCCGUAUGUGCUGACUAUCUUGUCGGCAGCAUUGAUAGCAUCGUGGAGAAGACGGGAAUGAGCCGAACCUUCAUUGGUCUGAUCCUGAUUCCCAUCGUAGGGAAUGCUGCAGAACAUGUGACAGCGGUUGUCGUCGCUUGGAAGGGAAAGAUGGACCUUGCCAUCGGGGUCGCCAUCGGCAGUAGUUUACAGAUCGCCCUAUUUGUCACUCCCUUCCUCGUUAUUCUGGGGUGGAUUCUGGAUGUGGAUAUGACUCUCCAUUUCCAUAUCUUCGAAACCGUUGCCUUUUUUAUCUCUGGUUUAGUUGUAACGUUCCUUAUCCAGGAUGGGAAGUCGAAUUAUCUUGAAGGUGGAAUGUGCCUGGGAAUGUACAUUAUAUUGGCACUGGCAUUCUAUGUAUACCCGGAUGAGGCCACCGACGACGCCUUGUUCCAUGCAUAAACGGGCCUGAUGAGAUAAAAUAUAUCUUCCAUUUUAACCUUUUAACAGAUACCAUUGAACGCACGACGUGCCGUCCCCCACUCUCUUUUUUACUUUUCUCUUUUCACUCUUAGUCUUUCAAAGAUGGAGGGGGAUACGAUGAGAUACGCUAUCCUCUUCAGAACAUCCGUCCCAAUUCUCCUGUCUCUCCUUGUGAUUUUCAUUUCUGUUCUAACUGUACUCGAAACGCUCGCGGACUCAGUACCAUUUACGUUUCUUAUACGGUAGCCAAAGGACUCGCACUGCCGGUCAGUCACUUUAGUCUAUGCUAUAUGUAUGACUCGUUAAAAAUCGACACUCGAUGGUCGGGCUGGGCUGCUUUGUCUAAUUUUGUAUUCUCUUGGUCAUGGGAUGGUUGGACAUAGUAAAUUGAUCUGGUUCUCAGGUUCAUGUAGUUCUAAGAUCUAAUCGGAACCGACAUAGACAGAACUAUGUAAUUCAUUCCCUCUUUUCCAAUAAAUGUAUGACUUCAUAAUAUCUCAAAAGCCUGACAAUUCUUGGCGGUGAUGACUAAGCGACUGUGGAGAGGAAAAUCGUUCGCCGGUUUCCAGGCGCAGCGGCCGGA